CUCGGCUGAAAGGGAUGAUGGGGCAGUCUCCCCGCGUUUCGUCGAUCGACCAAUGUUGACAUUGACCUCCAACGUUCGUUUGGGGCCAUUCAGCUCCCUAUUUCUUCUUUGAAACUAGAUUCUGCCAUUGCAAUUCAGCCGUCAUGUUCCGGUCUCUACUACGUGCUCCUCGGCGCUUCCACAGAGUAUCUAUACCAACAACUUCUGCGCUUUAUUGUCGACCCCCUAUCACCCUUCAAUUCAACCCUGCCAGCCAACGAUGCUUCACGCCUUCACGCGGACACGGCCAAGAUAGAUCAGCUGUAGGGAUUUAUCCACGCAAGGAUCAUCUUAUAGCUCAACAAGAUGGCUUCCGGAAAUCACUGUCAUAUAUCCGACUGCGUGACUGGUGUACAUGUCCAAUUUGCGUGGACAUCCAUUCCAAGCAACGAAACUUCCGGACUUCUGACAUCCCCGUGGAUAUCAAACCUAAUUCUAUCAAAUGGGAUCAGAGUUCACUGGAAGUAACCUGGGAAAAUGAUAUUCCUGGAUUUGAUUCUUCUCACACUUCAAGAUAUGCAAUGAGUGAGCUGGACGGUAUUACGCGCUACGGUGUUACCUCUGAUACUGGCCUUAAAAGACAUCGCGUUAACUGGGACGGACCGCUUAUGGAAGAACUACAACAUUGGGUUUCAUACGAGGAUUACAUGAACAACGGACCCGAGUUUACACGCGCCAUGCGAAAUCUAUCUGUACUAGGUCUGAUAUUCGUGAAAGAUGUCCCAGAUUCGCGGGAAAUGGUCGAGAAGCUUGCCACGCGCAUUGGACCGCUCCGAAACACAUUCUACGGACCGACAUGGGAUGUCCGCACAGUCCCCCAGGCUAAGAAUGUUGCUUACACCAGCCAAUUUCUGGGAUUUCACAUGGACCUCAUGUACAUGCGGGAUCCACCAGGAUACCAAUUUCUGCACUGUCUUCGGAAUUCAUGUGAUGGUGGAGAGUCGCUGUUUGCAGAUGCAUUCCAUGCUGCCGCCAAAAUGCAUAAUUACGAACGGGAAUACUUUGACGCGCUAACAAAGACAAAUCUAUCGUACAGCUAUCUACAUGAGGAUAGUAAAUACUGUCAAGUACGGCCGGUCUUUGACGUGGGGGCCGACAGAUCGAAAGGGUCACUCCUUGAAUUUGUCAACUACUCACCUCCCUUCCAAGGUCCUAAAAUUGAAAGCAUGGACAAGGCCUAUGGAUCGGUAGGGUGGCAGAAAAUGGAGAUCGAAGCCCUGCAGGCUUUCGCCAAACGUCUCGAAUCGGAAACCUCUAUAUUCGAAUUGAAACUUAAUCCUGGCGAAUGCGUUAUAUUUGAAAAUCGUCGCGUGGUUCAUGCUCGUCGCCAGUUCAAUACUGCUAAGGGUGAGCGGUGGCUUGCGGGAGCUUAUCUCGACACCGAUGUAGUUCAGUCUCGAUUCCGUGUGCAAAAGGAGGCUGACCCUGGUGCAUGGACGACCCCUGGGGGGACUGGCGAGGACUAGCUGCAGUUUUAUGGGAUAUCAGGACUCAAACUGCCGGAAACCCCGAAUAUGUCGGAAUGGUCAAGAACAGAAAGGGUUAGUUUUGGAGUGAUUCCAUGCUGAUCUCGGUUAAAAACAAAGACAAAUAGAACUGGACUGCUUCUUGAGGCUGUGUAUAGUAUCCUAGAAGUCAAGAGAACCCGGCUGUUCGAAAGUUUGAACUUGAUAGAAUUGGACGAAGGAACUUGUAAAAGUAUUUAUGCGUAAUAUCAGCCGCCGUCUCUGCAAAGAUAGAAUACAUUACUUUAGAAUGUAAUUACACCUGGGUUUCUUUUUUUU